UACCCACUUAAUUCUUAGCCAUAGAUCUUGCUUAUUUUAAUCUGGUCCGUUUAUUUAAUUUUAUUAAGAUACCUGCUACCGAUCAUCUAGGUUUUGUAUAAAACCCAAAAAAACAAAACAAAGUUCUUCUUUUGACAAAGAGUUUGAGAGAGAUCAUGGUUCUUCUGUCUAGCCGCCUCUCUCAAACCUUCAUGGCUCCUGUGUUUGGUAUUCAAAUCAAGAUUUUGAUUUUUAAUCAUUUUCCUCUCUAUUGGUUGAAGUCACUGGAACCUAGAAAGAUCAAAUCCUACACCUACAUGACCUUCAUUGAGUCAUGAAGAAUGGAGGAAGUUCUUUUGGAGCAACUUAAGAAGUCCAAAAUACAGGAACAAAAGGCCCUGCUAGAGAAUGAGGCUCUGAGCAAAAAGCUUGAUGAAAUACGGCGAACCUGCAAGUCACCUUUCCUUGAAUUCAACCCUUUGGAGAGGAAGUUUUUACUCUCAGGCUCAAAAGUUGUUUCUACCUUUGCAUCUGAGGAAAAUGAACAUUCAGACACUUCUUUGCAUUUGGGAUUGUCCAUAGAUGUUUGUUGCAAGAGAAAAUCACAGAAGAUCGAUCACACAUGCAAUGACUUAGGGAGUCAAGCGGCACUAAAGUGAUAUAUGUGUUAAGAAGUUAUUGUCUUGCAGUUAGAAGCUUUAUCUAGUUAGUUUCAACUAUAAAAUAGUCAAUUUUCUUCUUUUGACAAAUAGGGGUAGAUGUCUUGAACUAAGCUGAGGUGUUUUUAGAUUUCUGUAAAUGCUAAGGCUAAUAAGGCAUUUCAACAAAA